AACGUCACGCCGGGCUUGCACAUGGCGCCAUGACGGGCUGGGCGUACACGUUUGCAGCGCAAAUCCGCCAGCGCAUUGACGCAGAUGGCCACCGCUAUACGUUCCCUUGGCCCGCCUCCAUCUUCACGCGCGCGGACCGGGAGGCGCUCGCCCGGUGCCAGGAGCACUUCGUCUUCACGCUGACCGACAAAAGCGCGUCCACGCUUCAAGUGGUGUGCAAGCAGUUCUACAUCCGCGCGUGCCUGCACAACCUCGGCUGCCCGCCGCCGCCGCCGCCGCCGCCUCCCGCGCCCCCCGCCGCCGCCCCGUCACCGCCGCCUCCGGACCACCCGCCCCUCCACCACCACCACCCCGCGCCCCCGCCCCUGGCCCCACCCCCGCCCCCGCCCCCGCCCCCGCCCCCACCCCCACCACCGCCGCCGGCCGCCACCGCCGCAGCACGACGCCUGGCAGCCAUACUGCGUGCCACGGGCCAGCUGCAACGCCGCCGCCGCGCACCGCUUCCCGGCAUCCUCCCUGCGCAGCUCGCCCUUCCACCACACCUGCGCCCUCCGUACUCCGCGCUCGCCCUGCACGCCAACCCCGUCGCCGUGGCCACCGCUGAGGCCGCCGCCGAGCCGGCCCCCACGCCCCUGUCCACCCGCGCCGCCGACGCCCCUACAGCCGCACCCGCCACCGCCACCCUCACAGCCGCGCCCGCCCCAGCCGCCCCGGCGCCGCCGCCCGGCCCCACCGCCCGCUUCCCCGCCACCAUGCCUCCCGUCGCCGCCGCCGCCACUCCCGCCACGCCAGCCCCCGCCGCCCGUGCAGAUGCGCCAGGCCCCGCCACCGCCACCCCCUCCGCCCCACCCCGCUUCACCGCCGCAGCCGCGUCGCGGCCGGCCGCCCGUGCGCCCCACGCGCACGCACCCGCCCAGGGCGCCGCCGCCCACAUCACCUCCAUGCCUCCGUCUCGCGCCGCCGCCGCCCCAGCCGCCGCGCCAGCCCCAGCCGCCGCCGCCGCCUCCCUCGCUCCAUCCCGCACCGCCCUCGCAGCCCCGUCGCCCCCGCCAGCCCGUGCAGCCCGCGCGCACGCAACCGCCCGGGGCGCCGCCGCCGACACUGCGGCCACACCGUCGCCGAGCGCCACAGCCGCACCUAACGACGCGCCCGCCCCCGCCGCCCAUACGCCGCCGCCCGGCCCCGCCGUCAACGUCAGCGCCACCGGGCCCCCCUUCAGCGCCAACGCCACUCCCGCCGCGGCCGCCCCAGCCACCCUUGCGAACGCCGCCCGCCCCAUCCCGCCCUCGGCCGCCACCGACCGCCCCACCACCGCCACUGGGCCCUCGACGGCUGGCGCGGAAUGCCGCAGGGCCCCCGCCACCCCCACCGACGCCGCCGCCGUCGGUCCAGCCACCCACACCCGCCUUGCCCGUCCGCUGGCGUGUCUCGCCGCCCUCAGCGGCCGACGCCGCACCCCGGCCGCCACAUGCGGCGUCGACCCUGGGGACCCGCGGCGAAUGGCGCACCCCACCACAGCCUGCCCAGCCGCCGCCGCCCACCCCGACACAGCCGCCGCUGGCCCAGCCGCGCCGCCACCCCACCCAGCCCCCGGCCCCCACCCCGCCCACGCCCACAGCCCCGCAGCCCCCAUCCUGCCCGCCCCCAUCCCCGCCGCCGCCCCCGCCGCCCCCAUCCCCGCCGCCGCCCCCGCCGCCCCCAUCCCCGCCGCCGCCGCCGCCGCCCCCGCCCCCGCCGCCGCCCCCAUCCCUGCCGCCGCCCCCGCCGCCCCCAUCCCCGCCGCCGCCGCCGCCGCCCCCAUCCCCGCCGCCGCCGCCGCCGCCCCCGCCGCCCCCAUCCCCGCCGCCGCCCCCGCCGCCCCCGUCGCGCCCGCUGCUGGCCCCGGGCCGCCCCCAGCCCCCGCCCAGCACCAGUACUACGCCACCGCCACCGUCGACCAGAUGCACGCCGCCCUCACACAGCAAAGCGCGACCCUGGCCCAAGCGGGCAUCUCCCACCUGCAGUAUGACGUCACCAAGGACGCCGCUUACUACGCCAUCACCAUGAAAAUGCACAAGACGCCGCCCGGUCUGCGCUUCUUGGCGUGCUCCCACGCCUGCCCAGUCACCGCCAUCAGCGACGUCGUCACCGCCAGCCUUCGCACGCUCGCCGACGCCUUCCGCGACAUGUGUCGUGACCGCAUCGGCACGGAUCCCUGGUUCUGCCUCCACUCUGGCGCGGUCAUGGACUCCGAAAUGCGCAACAGCUACCGCGCUCUAUUCCUGGUCCUGUUCCGGAGCCUGGUCUGCUCCACGUUCAUCCGGUUCGGCACGUUCGCCCUCGUCCAGCAAACGUGCGGCAUCCCCAUGGGCAUCUCCGCUGCCCCCUUCAUUGCCAACCUCUUCCUCGCUUGGUUUGAGUACCGUUUCUUGACACAGCCCGCCGCCACAGCUCAGCGCCAGCGUGUCCUGCACGCCUUCGACCUCACCAAGCGGUACCUGGACGACUUGUUGGCCCUCAACAACCCCUUCAUCACCCGCCUCCUCAGCGUGGACCAGCUAUACGCCGGACUACACGGGCUGUACCCCGCCUCACAGGUGGAGGCGCAGUCGCACCCCCACCUGCAAGCGCAGCUGGCCGCCGGCACCGCCGCCAUGCCGUUCCUGGACAUCUUGCUCAUCCUGCGCACCACGCCAGCCGGCCACGCGCGCAUCACCACACGCCUGUACGACAAGCGGGUGCAGCCAGUGUUUGACGGUGUGCGCCUGUCCCGCUUCAUUGGCACGGACAGCAACGUCAAUGAAGCCAGCAAGCGCAACAUCUUCACGGGCCAGUUUCAUCGCCUGCGGCGUGUCGUCACGGAGGUUGAGAACUUCGCUUUUGAGACCGCCAAUCUCAUCACCGCCCUGACGCACAUGGGCUACGGGCGGCCCCGGGCAGGCCGACUGCAUGGCCUUCACGAACGAGGCCUUCUGGUCUCGCAGCCUGCCGGCGUUGAGGACAGGCGACAGCUUAGCACUGCUGGCGGUCUUGCGCUCCACACCGUACAGCUCAAUCACCGUGUCCAGCCGCUUGUCAAAGUCCUUCGUGUCAAAAGCUGAUGCGAAGUACUCGCUGUACACGAUGGCGAACGAGUCAAGCUGCUCAUCUGAUGGGAAGCGCUCAUGAAGCUGCUGCAGCAGGGCCGAAUACGCGCCGGUC